AUGUCUAGUGAUUCCUCGGGGAUACUAGUCGUCAAAAUUCCUAAGGAUUUGCGAAAAGAAUUGGUGAAGCCGUGGAAGAACACUCUGACGCUAAAAUUCCUGGGAAAGCGCAUCAGUUUCAACGUUCUCUUCCACCGGCUCUCCAGAAUAUUUGAACUAGCCAAGGACUGCAUGCAUGCUCUUAUCGGUGGCCCUUGGAAGGUUUUCGACCAUUACGUCAUGCCUCAACGCUGGUCUCCUUACUUUGAUCCAGCUAAAGCCGCUAUUCAGAAAAUGGUUAUUUGGGUGAGGCUUACGGGACUACCUGUUGAGUACUUCCGGGAAGAUAUCAUAAAACUCAUACUUGAUCACGUUGGCUUCCCCUUGAAAAUGGAUUGGACGACAGUAGGAGUUGAGAGGGGACGGUUCGCACGGGCUGUAGUGGAGGUCGAUCUCACUAAACCUCUGGUUUCCAUAUUGAAAAUCCGAAAGAGGAUCCAACAUAUUGAGUUUGAAGGUCUCCAUACCAUUUGCUUUAGGUGUGGAGAAGUGGGUCAUAGUUCAAAUGAAUGUCCUAAGCACCAACCUGUGAUGCUAGAGCAAAAUCGUGAAUGGGAACCAGCAGGAGUGUCGCAGGACCAAGGGGAUAACGUUGCAACGACGGGUCGUGGCGACGAGGAUAAUCGUUUAGGGCCCUGGAUGCUGGUGUUGGGAAACAUUUACAAGGCAAAGGCUUUUGGGUGA